GUCAAAAGCACUUCUAACAAUUCAUGUUUUAUCAUAGCAUUGCUUUUUUAUGCUUUAAACAAAGUGAACACCGUGCAAAGAAAGGAACUCAAACGUUUAUUCUUAAUAGGAACAGGAACAAUGACUUUAUUUUGGAGAUCCUUAUUGAUGAUGUACUGGAUAAAAUGUUUUUAUGGUCAAAAAAUAGACUUUCUCCAUCCAACAUGUUCAGCACCAGAAGACAUGGAAUUCCUAAAAAAUGAAUUAAGCAUCCUGAGAGGAAAAUCUCAAGAACACGAAAAGAACAUGGAAAUACUCAAAAAUGAAUUGAAUGUUUUCAAAAAGAUUGCCAAGGAAGUAAGUGAAAUAAAAGGAACAAUUGAACAUCUAACAUUGAAACAGACGAUGAUGGAGGAAAAAAAUAAUGAGACUGUUGAAGAAGUAAGUGAAAUAAAAGAAACAAUCCAACAGCUAUCGUCGACACAGACGACAACAGGAAGAAGAAUAAAUCGACCAAUAGCAACCUGCGAAAAAGGAUGGGUAACCUACCAAAGAGGAUGCUAUUUUUUUUCAACAACAAUAGCCACAUUUAGAGAGGCAAUGUCGGCAUGUUACCAGAUGGGCGCAGAAAUGUUGGAACUUCAAAAUUCCAUGGAAGAAAAAUGGUUUGAUAACCAGGUUCGAUUAAGAGGUCAUUCGCCCCAGGUAUGGCUUGGUGCAAGUGAUACUCAACAGGAAGGAAAGUUUAUAUCGGUCUCAAAGGCUGAGGGACUUCCUUACAGCCACUGGUUAAAGGGACAACCAAGUAACCUCGGCGGAGAGGAACACUGCCUCACCUACUGGGUGUCUCUAAAAGGGAUGAAUGAUGCACCAUGUGACAACAAGUAUAAUUAUGUAUGCAAAAAAUAAAAUGCAAUU